AUUGCAGAUCCCGUCAUCCACGUGGCUUCCGAUGGCGGAGCCGCGACUUUGUGGCCGCGGCCGGGUGUUUUGCUGCUUCUCCAUCUUGUCCGCACCGACACAAACUGUCCCGGGCGGCGGAAGAAGAAGAAGAAGAAGAAGCUGCUUUGUGAUUUUGCGAGGACGACAACAAUGGGCAACUCUCAAUCGCAAUCGCCCCACGCCCAUCCUCGCUUUGCUUCUGCCUCCAGAGCUUUCACUCAGAAGGAAUUGGAAGAUCUUAGAUCGUUGUUUGUUUCUCUGGCCGCCCAAUCCCAAACCAAUGGCCAUCACGUCUCUCUCCCUGUUUUCCAGGCAUAUUUUCAGCUCCACGGCCCUCUGAGCGAGAGGUUGUUUGAUUUGAUUACCCAGAAAAGGAAAGAUGGGAGGCUUAACUUUGAAGACCUCAUCAUUGCCAAAGCUACUUAUGAAAAAGGGGCGGGAGAUGAGAUUGAGGAGUUCAUCUAUCAGUUACUGGAUGUGGAUGAUGAUGGAAAUGUGACGAGGUCUGAUCUGGAAUCUGUUAUGAUCACAGUGUUUGACAGUGUAUUUAGUCCCAAGAGGGUGCAAACUGGAGGGAGUCCAAAAGAAGAGGAUCUUUGCUUUUUUCUUGAUUCUGCAAAUUUCUCAGAGAAUGUGCAUGGAAAUGGUGAACAAAGUAUGUCAUUAGAGGAUUCAAGAAGAUGGUUUGCAUUUGUGCCAUCAGUUAGGAAGUUCCUCGGAAGCUUGUUGGUGCCUCCCGAUUCAGGUUCUCUUUCCCCAGGAAGACCGGGUGCUCAAGUUCCUCAUCUAUCAUGUUGGAAUCACACUGAUUCUGGUGAGAUCAUUUUAAAGGAAGAGUAUGCGUGGCAUAUAGGAGGUGUUCUCUCAGAAGAAGAGCUCGACCAAUGGAAGCUCUUGUACCACAGUUCUCUCAGUGGCCUCAGUUUCAACACAUUUUUGGGGAGCAUCAACAACAGCGAAGGGCCAACAAUCUUGAUAAUUAAGGACAGAGAAGGCCACAUAUAUGGAGGGUAUGCUUCUCAGCCUUGGGAGAGGCACAGUGAAUUCUAUGGAGAUAUGAAGUCUUUUCUUUUCCAGCUUUAUCCUCGUGCAUCCAUAUAUAGACCUACUGGAGCAAACAGAAAUGUACAAUGGUGUGCAGUGAACUUCAGCUCUGAAGAUAUCCCAAAUGGGAUCGGUUUUGGAGGGCGAGCUAAUCACUUUGGCCUCUUCAUUUCAGCAAGCUUCGACCAGGGGCAGACGUUUGCAUGCACGACGUUCGGCAGCCCCUGCCUUUCGACAGCCAACCGAACUAUCCCAGAAGUGAUCGAGUGCUGGGGAGUUGUCCAAAAGAAGCAACUAGAAAAGCAGGACGCCGUAAGAGGGACCGUUUUGGAGAGAUUCAAGGAGGAUCGCCAUAUGCUUAACAUGGUCGGUCUCGCAAAUUCUAGCGAGUAAGGACAUGGCUCGGUACAUGUGUAUACCGUCUGCUUUUGUUGUCAUUACUGUUUCUACUUUUUUUCCUGUACGGACUGAAAACUUUACCACAAAGAUGCUAUGGCCACAUAUUUUCAUCGACUCCGAAAAGCGCAUCUCCGGAAUAGACUCUUCGUUCUAGGCUCCCUA